CCUUCGGUCGAGGACUUUGGCCUAGAUGGAUUGAUAAGAAACGACGACAUAUUAAGUGACUUCUAUCUAUUUCAAGGAUUGCCCAAUCCACCUGUGACCGCACUCUUUCCGCUAUCUUGCAGACAUGACGACUCUUUCUUCACACAAGAAGCUUUCAGAAUAGGAUUGGGGCCCGAACCUCAGUCAUAGCGUCUGACUAAGUAUCAUGGGAAAAGGACGGUCCUUUCGCAGUUUUGCUGAAUAAGACUGCUAGAAUAAAGAGGACCUUACUCAGAGACUUGUUCAGCGAUGGCAGAUCUUAACGUGGCUACAGUGUUGUCCUUGUCCGGACGAGUAGCUUUUGUUACAGGCGGAGGGACGGGGAUAGGGUUUAGUAUUGCUAAGACAUUUGCUGCAAACGGUGCAAAAGCGUACAUCGCUGGCCGAAGGAUGGACGUACUGGAAAGGGCUGCGGCGUCAGUUACAGGCGUACCAGGGUCUAUUGUUCCGCUCCAGAUGGACGUGACCGACGAAGAAGCCGUCAAGGCCGGCGCUAAUCACAUUGAGAAUAUCGACGGCAAGCUCGACAUUCUCGUUAACAAUGCAGGAUUCGCCGGCUCCCGUCGUGACCCAGACUUCUUCGCCAAGAAACUCGCGGCGGCAGAUCCAUUCGAGCCUGAGACCAUCCAGAACUGGGCCGACAUCUUCGCACUGAACACCAUCGCCCCGUUCUUCGUCUUCCGCGCCUUCCAAUCCCUCCUCGUCAAAGGAGCAUAUUCCCGCCCCCAAGGCACCUCAAGCAUCAUCAACAUCAGCAGCGGUGCAGCAAAAAUCAACUUAACAGCGUUCGGAGUGUGUCUAGGUUAUAGUCUAACGAAAGCGGCGUUGGACAAGCUCACGCUCGUGCUUGGGACGAGUUUUGCGCAGAGGGGUAUCCCGAUUCGGGUGAACUCGUUGCAACCUGGUGCGUUUGCGUCGGAGAUGACGAGUAGUGCAUUUUUGGAGACUAUCGAGACGAAGCCGGUGCCUGGAAUGGUGGCACCGAUACCAGCGGGGAGACACGGAACUGAUGCUGAGAUGGGGAUGACGGCGAUCUACUUGGCAGUGUCGGAUUAUACGAACGGAACGAUUUUGAGCGUUGAUGGUGGCAUAUCGCUGGUAAAUCCCUGAAUAUUGACUCAAUUGUGGAAUUUCCAAGCCUUUGGCAUGUUCUUUUCCCUCGACAUCACCGUCCCUUUGAGGUGGUUGCAAGGCCGAACUUAGCUUUCUGUCUUCUAGGAUCAUUGCAACCUUGAAACCGAGUCUUUCUUCUCUAACAAUUUGAAUUAUUAGAGAGACGCCGACUACAAUAACAACGGAAUCAUCUGAAAUGACCAACAUCAUUCACUAAUGUAAAGCUCUCACCCUUAAAGGAAGCUGAGAGCCUAAAUGUGCUUUCUCUUUCACAGUGGGUACGACGGUCGGUGGCCAGGGAACUGUAAGAUCUCCAGGCCGCCUUCAG